AUGGCCGUGCUCAUGAAUAGUUAUUUCUUCUACAUAUUUUACAGCGACAGCGGCCGAUGCAUCAUCCAGUGGCAGAGCACGUCCUGGCGAACCUUUGUGGGCGUGGCCAACUUCUCGGUCAUUUACAUCUUCCCGCUGAGACUGAUGGGCUUCUCCUAUUGGCGGAUCAUGCGUAAUUUGCAUAAAAGCGCCAUGAAUAUGCGCCAAUCAACGUCGUCGAAUGGUACGGAUAACCAGCUGUCAAGGGAUCUCCUCACCGCGCGCAAGAAAGUCGUCAAGAUGCUGCUCACGGUCGUGGUGACUUUCGCCGUCUGCUGGGCCCCAAACCAGUUCAUGUUCUUCGCCUACAUGUGCGGCUGGAACCUGGACUUCUCUGCCUGGUAUUAUCACGCCAGCGUACUGCUUGCGUUCUGUAACUCGUGCAUGAACCCGAUCAUUUAUGGAUUUAAGAGCAAGCAAUAUCGUGGAGCGCUCAAGAGGCGCUUGGCUGUAGAAACAAAGUCGGGGUUCGUGCAGAUAUAG